CCCUCCGCGCUGCGAUCUGCUGGAUGCGGACAUGUUUGACCGGCCUGUACGGGGAUAAACAUUUUACUUACAAGGUUUGGAACGAGGCCAGGGAAACGGCCAUCGUGUGGUGUAAUAAUGGAUGCGGUUAACGCUUUUAAUCAGGAGCUCUUCUCCAUGAUCGACAUGAAGCCACCGAUUUCUCGAGCCAAGAUGAUGUCGAUAACCAAGUCGGCCAUAAAGGCCAUUAAGUUAUACAAACAUGUGGUCCAGAUUGUUGAGAAGUUCAUCAAGAAGUGUAAGCCGGAUUUGAAGGUCCCGGGACUGUACGUGGUGGACUCCAUCGUGCGGCAGUCCCGUCACCAGUUCGGUAUGGACAAGGACGUGUUUGGGCCCAGGUUCACCAAAAACAUCACCGGAACCUUUCACAACCUCUACCUGUGUCCCACCGAAGACAGGAGUAAGAUCGUGCGCGUGCUGAACCUGUGGCAGAAGAACGGCGUGUUUAAGAUCGAGAUCAUCCAGCCUCUGCUCGACAUGGCUGCCGGGGCCAGUGGGUCGGGGAUGCCCGACGGAAGCAGUGAAAUCACAGAAGCAGGGUCACCUGCUGCGGACGUGAAGGCCAACAUGGUGGCCCCGCCCCCUGUGAUGGCAAAGAUGGUGGCCCAGCCCCAUGUGACAUCAAACCUGGUGGCCCCGCCCCCUAUGACAUCAGCCCCGGUGGCUCCGCCCUCCGCAAUGGGAAACGCGGUGGCCCCGCCCCCCAUGAUGAUGAUGACGAACAUGGUGGCCCCGCCCGUCGGCGCUGGCAACCCGAUGGUGGCCGCCAUUCCUCAGCUGCAGAACCCCGAGGCCCUGGCUGCCAUGGCCCAUCUCUUCCAGUCCUCCCAGGGCCAGCAGCUACAGCAGAUCCUGCAGAACUUCCACCAGCCGGGAAAACCCCAGUCUCCUGCGCCAGAGAACAACGCUGUGAGCCAACUCCCGCCCAACGCCAACGUCAACCUCAUCACCCAACACGCCCUGCCCACAGAGCAGAAGAGCGCUUUCGACAAGAAGCUGCUGGACCGCUUCGACUACGACGACGAGCCCGACGCCAGCGAGGAAUCCAAGAAGGAGGAAAUGUCCGCUGGCCCAACCACACAGCAUCUCGGGGUUCCUCAAGGCACACAGAUGGCUGUGCAGCAGUCCGUGUUUCCCCAUGGUCAGAUGCCCAACAUGGAGCACUACCAGUCCCUCUCUGCCGGCCUGCCUCACGGUUCAGCUCACCAGGUGCCCCUCCCUCCGAACGGGCAGCUCCAGACAUGUGGCCUGCUGCCCCCCCAGCCCUACCCCGGCACGAUGCCCCCCAUGGGGCAGCCUGUGGUCCCGCAGCAGGCCGGGGUGGCGCCCCACCUGUACGUGGGGGGGUACCCUCCCCAAAACGAGUUCUUCAGCCAGCACCUGGCACAGCAGCAGUCUCAGGAAGUGUCCAUGGAGGUGGAACAGCCCCUGCAGAAGGAAGGAAGGCAUCGAAUGGACGGCCGGAGAUCCAGGUCAGGCUCCAGGUCGCCGAGGAGGAGGAGGUCCCGGUCGAACUCCCGGUCUCGCAGGUCGAGGUACCGCCGGUCGCGGUCGAGGUCCAGGGACCGACGACGCGGCUCGCCCCGAUCUCAGUCCCAGGAGAGAAACGAGCGGGAGAGAGAGCGGGAGCGCCGACAGAGGGGUCUGCCACGCAUCAAGAGCGGCACACUUAGUGUGUGCAGCACCACACUGUGGGUGGGCCAGCUGGACAAGAGGACCCAGCAGCAGGACGUGGCUUGCCUGCUCGAGGAGUUCGGGCAGAUCGAGUCCAUCAAUAUGAUUCCGCCGCGAGGCUGCGCCUACAUCGUCAUGGUGCACCGGCAGGACGCCUUCCGUGCCCUCCAGAAGCUGAGCCGCGGGCCCUACAAGGUCAACCAGAAGAGCAUUAAGAUCGCCUGGGCCUUGAACAAAGGAAUCAAACCGGAAUACAAGUCGUACUGGGACGUGGAACUGGGUGUGACCUACAUCCCCUGGAACAAGGUCAAACCGGAGGACCUGGAGAGCUUUCGGGAAGGGGGAAUGCUGGAUACUGACACACUCUGUCCAGAGUGGAAGGGCCUGCUGGGCGAUGUGGAGAGGUCUGGGGAGUGUGCUCAGAACGGAGGCCCGGAGCCCGCCCCGGCGGAAGAGGCCACAGCCACGCCCCGCGCGCAGGUAAAACGCAGUGGGUCUCAGGUGACGCAACGCAUUAGAAACGGCCCCUCCGCCUUCUCUCUGUGCCGUUUUCUGCUCUCAAAACUCAACUGUCCCUUCUUUCACACGGCAGUUGAGAUGUGGAGGUGGCCGCUAUGUGUUUAUCAUGAGGUAUCACGUGUUGAGAGUUUACUGAAGAAAAAAAAUAAUUUUUGCUUGUCUCUACAAUUCCUCAGAUGCCUGCAUUUUUAUGAUAACACCGAGAUGAUGCCGUCUCUUCAACCGGUGGGGUCUAUCGGAGCCCUCCACCCCCCCUCGUACCCCCCUCCCAUGGGCCUCCCGCCCCCGUCCUUCAACCCGGGGGUACCCCCGCCCCCCCCUCCUCCGUUCCUGCGGCCAGCGUUCAACCCCAUGCAGAUGCCUCCAGGGUUCCUCCCCCCCGGUGGAAUGCCCCCCAUGGGGAACACCGGCCCCCCUGCCCCCACCCCUGGCGUUAACAUCCCCUCCUCUGCUGUGCCCAGCCCCUCAGGAGAGGACCCCUCCACAGACCCCAUGGGGGGGUCGUACCCCCCUCCAGGGGGCGGUCCCAGGAACAGCAGCGCUCCGGCCGACAGAUUCCCCGUCCCGGGACCCAACCCGGGGGUGAGCGGGAACCUCCCAGCCCCCAUGCCUGGGAUGGCCAAUAACCAGAUGGCAGGUCCGGGAGGUCCAGGAGGGCCCCAACCUCUGUCGGGGGGUCUCCUGGGGGCCCGUCCGGGCAUGAUCCCCCUGCAGCGGCCCCCACACAUGCCCCCCCCACACAUGCCCCGCUUCCCCCACCCGCCCCGCCCCAACAUGCCCCCCAUGCCCCCUCCCAUGAUGCAUCGGGGCCCGCCCCAGAUGAUGCACCGGGAGCCGCCCCCGGGGGGGUUCGGCAUGGGCCCCCCCCACCCCAUGAGGGGCCCCUUCCCCCCGCCCUUCCUGAGGGCCCCCGAGGGGCCCGACGACUGGGAGGGCCGCCCGCCCCGGAGCUUCGGCCGGGACCGGGAUGCGGAGCGAUUCAGGGGCCGGCCCCCGUUCGGCCGGGGGGGCGGGGAGGGGCGGGAGCACUACGCCGCUCGCCAUGACGACCACCCCGAACCGCCAGGGGGGUGGGAGCGGGAGCGGGAGCGGGAGAGAGAGGGCCGAGACCGGGAGGGCCGGGACUGGGGCCGGAGCGUGGAGUUCGAGGAGGGGGCUCCGCAGUGGGGGGGCCCCCGGGAGCGGGUGAGAGAGCGCAAACCCCGGGAGAGAGUGUCUCGCUGGGACACGGACGGGCCCAAGGAGAGGGCGGGCGAGGAGGACCCGUCCCACAAGCCCCUGGGCUCCGAGCCCCCCUCAGACUCUGCUAACGAACUCUCGGGGGCGGAGCCUCCUCCUCCGCAGCCCUCCGAAGUGACUGUUGAGCGACAGGCCUCUCCACCAAUGGCCAGCUCAGAACCCACAGACAAAUCGCAGGAGGCGGAGUCAUAGAGACUGAGACUCAGACUCACAGACAGGUGGCGGAAACGUGAGAUCGAGCGUUUUACCCGCCGUGGUUCCGCUGCCAUGGGAACCGCUAGUCCCGUUUCAAAGGUUGAAUGUUGUUUAAUAAGUGAAAAGGAGAAAAAACAACCAUGCUGUACAUAUGCCUGUGCUUCUCCUCCUACCCGUUUGUAUUUUUGGAGCGAGUGUUCUGCCUUUAGUCUUUUUUUUUUGUGAUUCACAGAAAAUACAGAACAGAAUUUAGUCAAAAACAAACGUGAAGCCGUUUUUUUGCUGUACUGUUUUUAACUUUCGAUAUUUGCAAGGUUUAGGAAAUGAGGUUUCUAUCAUUUUUACAUUAAAAAAGAAGAAACAAAACGGUGCAAUGAAAACUUCCAACGUUUAGAGCAGAGAUUCUCGACCUCGGCCCCGGGGGAACGCUGUGUGUGGCAGCUUUCAUUCCAAGCGCUUUCGCCAUCCCACAACUUCAACAAGCUCUUCAUUUCUCCUAAAUUAGGUCCUUUCCAUUGUUAGAGGAAUUAUUUACCCUCCUCUUUCACAAUUUUACCCUCUAAUUUCAGCCGAUGCAGGUUUGAUUCAUUUUCAUUUUCUUUGGAUCUGAAUAACUUCAUUAUCGACCAAAUGGUUUCCACACUUUCACCAGUCAGGAACCUGAGGGAUUUUUUGUAACCGUCUUUAUGUAAUCCUUUUCAAUACCACCCACGAUGAAUAUGGGACUUUCAUUCUUUAUGGCAUGCAUGGUGAUUUCUGACAUCGUGUGGAAAAUAAUCCAUCUAGACAUGAAACUCACAAAAUGAGGAAAAAUGAACAGCUUUGGGAAUGCGAUCAUGGUGGAACGAAAACCAGCACACACAGUAUUCCCUCAGGACCGAGUUUAAGAACCACUGGUUUAGAGCUUUAGGGACUUGUUUUUAAUAAACUAUUUUCAUACCA